CGUGUGCUCCAGUGGUCUGGACCGGCUGCAAUCGAUAUCUAUCUCUUCGGUCUUGGCUUAUCGGUUUUAUUAUUUUUUUUUGUAAACGUUAUAUGUGCGUUAAAAGUGCAACGAUCGCUUGUGUGCUCGAAAAUCACAAAUAGCGAAUUAAUUAUUAUUCGAAAUUUAUUAAAAGUAAAAUCCGUCGUUUCAAAAUUCAGAACUACCCGAGCGAGUGCGCAGCGAUAGGUUUUCCGGAUGCUUAAAUGAGAACCAGCGCUCACACAUGGAUAUCGCACAAAUAUUACUCGUUAUAUCAGGCGUUUUCUUAGCCAGGAAAAUUAAUGCGGAAGACGACUCGGUCAAUCCUCUGACUUACCGAGUGACUUCAGAAGGCCACGAUGGACAGGAUUCUAAUUAUGUAGAACCGCAAAACGUGGAGCAAAAGUUUUUGAAAAAGUACAUGCUCUCUCCAGACGUUACGUGCAAUGACGGAUCUCCGGCAGGUUUUUAUAUGCGCCAUUCGAACUACAGUAAAACGUGGAUAGUUUUCCUCGAAGAGGGAUGGUGUUGCUACGACAAACAGAGCUGUGAUGAACGGUGGUCGCGAGCCGAGUACCUGAUGUCGUCCAAAGAAUGGCCGGAGACCAGAAUAGUUGGAGGUAUACUGUCCAACAACGCGAUCGAAAAUCCAUACUGGUGGCAGGCAAAUCACGUAUUCGUGCCUUACUGCACGAGCGACAUAUGGUCCGGUCGGAGAGCUCAACCUCAACACGGAUCCAAGUUCACUUUUAUGGGUUCUAUUGUAAUCAAACAAGUCAUCAGGGAACUGCUGACCAUGGGACUAGCCAACGCCGAUGCGCUCAUUCUGUCUGGUAGCAGUGCCGGUGGUGUGGGAGUGAUGUUGAAUCUGGAUCCGAUCCAAAAGAUGUUGCGCCGAUACACCGGUAUGUCGGUGCACGGCAUUACAGACUCCGGUUGGUUUAUGGACCAACAGCCUUACGACUUCGAGGACGAACAACUGACUUCGGCCUCGCCCAUAGAAGCCGUCAAACUGGGCAUACCUUACUGGCACAGUCAAAUACCGUCGAAAUGCCGGAACCUGUACACCAACGAGCCCUCCAAGUGUUUCAUCGGCUACAAGAUUUACCCCACGCUUUCGGUUCCACUGUUCGUUUUCCAAUGGCUGUAUGAUGAAUUCCAGUUGAAAAACGACGUCGGCACUCCGGUCACCAAACAGCAAUGGGAUUACAUACACAAGAUGGGCGAAGGCCUGAGGAAAUCGUUGCUUAACGUCACGGCCGUGUUCGCCCCGUCGUGUGUGUCUCAUACGGUUCUGACGAAAAGGGAUUGGAAGAACAUUAAAAUCGAUUCGGUGUCUUUGCCGUUGGCGUUACACUGUUGGCAGACGGAAACUAGAUUUGCAAAAAUCAACAAAAACCUUAGGAACGGCGACAGCAAAAGAGUGACCAAAACGGACAAGUCGGUCGGUAAAGAUCCGAGGAGAAAACAAAAACUACAUCGCAAGAACAACGGUCAACAACGUUCCAGAAUGUCUGACGAUGAAGACAGAAUGCAGAGAAAACGUCGGCGCCAUAAUAGAAAACGUGGAGCUUGUCGACAUCAACAUAUUCAGAGUUGUACUUGGCCACAGUGCAACAAUUCAUGUCCAAAACUUCAAAAUCCGGCCACAGGCGAAGAAGUUGAUUUCAUCGAGCUUCUUCAAUCCUUCGGGGUCGACAUACCAAACCUGUCCUCGGAGUUAGGCAUCGACAUGGAAUCGUUGAUACACAUGGAUCAGGAAGAGUUGCUCAACUUACUCACACAACAGUCAAACUAAGUAUUAAGCUAAUAUCUAUCCGAGCAUACAAUGGAGAUACCGUACAAUUAUUAUUCAACAUAAUGUGUGCAACGUUACUCGGGCAAUUGAAAAUUUACCAAAAAAUAGUGUUUGUGUAUAAUUUUAACUUAGUGUAUAAAAUUCAAGUCAAAUUUUUUUUAUAAUGUAAAUAAGUAAUUAUUAUUUGUACAUAUUUAUUGUAGGAAGCAAACCCUUAAGAGGACGCUGUACACCAGUUUUUUACGGCCUACAAUCACGGCUCUGGAGAAUCGCUCUCAUUUGGACUACAGUGAUCGGAUAAAAGCCAAAUUAUGUCAGCAUAAAGAUUAAACUAUAAUCACUUUACCUGUGUUUUGUAUGUUGGUUUUUACAUCAACUUUAAUCCUGUCACUUUUUACAAGUCUUAGAAAAAUGAUAAAAAAACAAAUAUUCAUUUGUUAAUAAAACGGAAUGUGUUAUUGCUAUAGAGAAGAACCAACAUACAAACACAUAUAGUGUUAUAAUCUUUAUGCUGAAAAAAUUCGGUUUUUGUCUAAAAACUGUAGCCAAAAUGAGAGUGAUUCUCAUCGCUUCGAAACGGGUUUUAACCUUUUAGGUCAAACAAUUGUAAUUAUGUCUAUAGAAAUGACUGUGAUGGUCUAAAAAAAAAAAUUAACAACCAAUAAAGAAUUCUCAUUACUGUAUUAAUAAGUAUACAUUAUAGUUUAAGCUCUAAAUUAAGAUUUUGCAAAAAACUUGCAAACCUAACCUAUACCGAAAAGCUUAAUAAAUAGGAGUGUAGCGUCCUCUUAAGUCUUAUGUUAUUAUUAUAAUAUAAUGCAUUUUUUUUAGUAAAAAUUUGUUACUUAUAAGUACAAUCCUUUAUUGGGCCAAUGUGUUUUUUUUCAAAUAUACAACUGUAUACCAAACAAGCUGUUCCUUAUUUUUUAAUUAGUUUAUCACCUAAUUUAUUGUUAAAAAUAAGUGAAACAUAAUACACAUAUGUAAUUAUAACCU